CCAAGUGACACAGUUUAUGGUUUCUUCCUCCUGUGUCAGGCUGUUACUGGGGUCAUGGCAAACUCACUGCUCUUCCUAUUAUAUGGAUACAUCUUCCUAGGCCAGCAUCACCUGAGGAAGCCUAUAGAUUUGAUUUUCAUGAACCUUAGCUUUGUCAAUAUUUUAGGUAUUACAUUCCGGUCACUACCAGAAAUCAUGUCAUUCUUCAGAGUCAACCAUUUCCUGAAUGAUACAGGUUGUCAGGCUUUUUUGUACCUGCACAGAGUCACCCGGGGUCUUUCCAUCUGCACUACCUCUUUCCUGAGUGGAUUUCAGGCCAUCACUAUCAGUCCUGGUCAUUCUAAAUGGGCGUGGCCAAAGUCUCAAUACUCCAAGUGCAUUCUCCCCUUUCUACUUACCCUCUGGGUCAUCAACAUGUUGGUUUACAUUCACAUCAUUGAAACUGUGAGAGCCAAGUCAAAUUUCACAGUUGUUGGACGGGGAUAUGUGAAUGUAUACUGUGAAGGCAGGCAGCUUGAAGAACACAUGUUAAUAUUAGCUUUAUAUGUCUUCAUGAUGCAUGACCUUGUGUUUAUGCUGCUUAUGAUCGGGAGCAGCCUCUACAUGGUGUUCAUCCUGUACAGACACCGCAGGAGAGCCCGGCACAUCCACAGCCUCACUCACUCUUCUGAGUCCUCUGCAGAGAACAAAGCCACCCGCACUAUCCUCUCAACGGUGUUGUGCUUCGUGCUAUUUUAUUUUGCAAACAACUUUUUGACCAUUUAUGGGAUUUAUGCAUCCAAGGAAAAAAUAACUUUAGGGAGUAUUAGUGGAAUGCUCUCAUUAUGUUACCCAACAUUCUGCCCCUUUUUGCUGAUGAAGAAUAAUAAAAUCAUUCCAAAAUUGACUUCUUCCCUUUCAAACAUGAGAAUAAUCUUUUCUCCAAGAGCUUUCAGUGUUUGA